GAAAAUCAGAUGGUCCGGGUUCUUGGGCAUCUUUCUGGCAUUAAAAAGCUUACAAUAGAUUAUGAUAGGGCAAAGAUUUUGGUUACCGGGGCUCCAUACAAUUACCUGGAGGAUCUGAAACUAGGAUUUGACUUUACAGAUCGCAGUGAGAUGUCUGUGGCUCUUUGUCUGAUAGGAAGCUCUCCUAAUUUAUGGCGACUUGAGAUUAAAGCAUAUACUAGAGCUUCUCCUGUGGAACCUGUGCUGGAAUUCUUAAAAGAUCAAGGCCAUUUGAAUUUCUCCUUCAACAAACUUGAGUUUGUGAAGAUGGUUUGCAGAGGAGCUGUGAGAUCUGAAGUGGAAUUCAUCAAAUUCGUACUUGCCAAUUCACCUGCUCUUAAGGAGAUGACUAUCCUGCUUAAUAACUCAGAUGAGGCACAAGUAGCAUUACAGAAAGAGUUAUUGCAGUUUCAAGGAGCUUCAGCACAAGCAAAAAUCAUUUUCUUAAAACCUUAUCUAGUAUGGUGAUAUUAGGUAGGGUUUUUACUAUUAAAGCUGCAUAUUCACUUGUGAUUAGACUAUAUCUGUCAUAUUCA